AUGAAGAUCUUCAUGAAAACAUUAAUUGGAGAGACCAUUACUCUCGAGGUCGAGAGCUGCGAUACUAUCGACAAUGUCAAGGCCAAGGACAAAGAAGGUAUACCUCCUGACCAGCAGAGGCUUAUAUUUACUGAAAUUGAAAUCAAUAUUGAGCAUACUGAUACUAUUGAACGUAUCAAGGAGCGGGUUGAGGAGAAAGAAGGAAUUCCUCCAGUCCAACAAAGGCUCAUUUAUGCUGGUAAGCAGCUUGCAGAUGACAAAACUGCUAAAUAUUACAACAUUGAGGGUGGCUCUGUUCUUCACCUGGUCCUUGCUCUCAGGGGUGGCGGCCUUUAA